UAGAUGGAAGCUCUGAGGAACCCCUCGGAUUGUUUGAAUGGAUCCUCGUUGGCUUAAUCAUGGCUGCGGUCGUUGUAACUUUUCCUUUAUCCAUAUGGCUGUGCAUACAGGUUGUCAUGGAAUACGAGCGAGCGGUCAUCUUUCGACUGGGGCAUCUCCGAAAAGGAACCGCAAGAGGGCCAGGUAUAUAUUUCGUCUUGCCUUUCAUAGACCACAUUAUCAUUGUGGAUAUGAGGACCAUCUCUUUCGAUAUCCCGCCGCAAGAAAUUCUUACCAAAGAUUCCGUCACGGUUUACGUGGAUGGCGUGGUUUAUUACCGAGUAAAGAACGCCACCCUUUCCGUGGCAAACGUGGUCUACGCAGAUCCGGCGACGCGGCUCUUGGCGCAGACGACCCUGAGGAACGUCCUGGGGACCAAAAACCUGUGUCAGCUUCUCUCCGACCGAGAAGAAAUUGCGCGCAGCAUGCAGACCACGCUGGACGAAACCACGGAAGAGUGGGGCAUACAGGUGGAACGGGUGGAGAUCAAGGAUGUGAAGCUCCCUGUCCAGCUCCAGAGGGCCAUGGCUGCCGAAGCCGAAGCCGCCCGGGAAGCGAGGGCCAAGGUCAUCGCCGCAGAGGGUGAAAUGAACGCCUCCCGGGCCUUGAAGGAAGCCGCCAUGGUCAUCGCCGAGUCCCCCGCGGCCCUCCAGCUCCGCUACCUGCAGACCCUGACGACCAUCGCGGCGGAGAAGAACUCCACCAUCGUCUUCCCGCUCCCUCUGGACAUCCUCCGCUCUGUCCUGGGCGUGAAGGGCUGACGGAAGCCAUCAAAGCCGACCGAAGGGCUCCUCCCAGAGCUUUAAAAUGCGAGGAAGAUUGUAUAGGGCAAAGAAAGACUUAAGUCAUUCAUUAAUGGUUUAUCACAGAGGUUUUUCUUCCUUGCCUGCUUUCCCUCGAUCCUUUUUAUACACAGCCGUUUCGUUCAUACCCUCCCCACUUAAUAUCAAUAAAAUGUAU